AUGCGGCGGUUCGUCUACUGCAAGGUGGUGUUGACCACGUCUUUGGUGUGGGUGCUGGUGGAUGUGUUCCUGCUGCUGUACUUCAGCGAGUGUAACAAAUGCGAUGAUAGAAAGGACCGCUCGCUGCUCCCUGCCCUCCGAGCAGUGAUAUCUCGGAGCCACGAGGGUCCGGGCGAGAUGGGCAAGGCAGUAAACAUCCCCAAGGACGACCAGGAGAAAAUGAAGGAGCUCUUUAAGAUUAACCAGUUCAAUCUGAUGGCCAGUGACAUGAUUGCACUCAACAGGAGUCUGCCAGACGUGAGGUUGGACGGCUGUAAGACCAAGGUGUACUCGGAUGACCUGCCCAACACCAGCAUUGUAAUCGUGUUUCACAACGAGGCAUGGAGCACCCUCCUGCGGACCGUUCACAGCGUCAUCAACCGUUCUCCCAGACACUUGCUAGUGGAGGUCGUGCUGGUCGACGACGCCAGCGAGCGAGAGUUUCUGAAGAAGAAGCUGGAGAACUACGUCCGGACGCUGGAGGUGCCAGUGAGGAUCCUGAGAAUGGAGCAGCGUUCAGGUCUCAUCAGAGCCAGGUUAAGGGGGGCGGCUGCCACUACAGGACAGGUCAUCACCUUCCUGGACGCUCACUGCGAGUGUACCGUUGGCUGGCUGGAACCCCUGCUGGCUCGCAUUAAAGAGGACAGGACGGCAGUGGUGUGUCCUAUCAUAGAUGUCAUCAGCGAUGAGACGUUCGAGUACAUGGCAGGCUCUGAUAUGACUUACGGCGGAUUCAACUGGAAGCUGAAUUUCCGAUGGUACCCGGUUCCCCAGCGGGAGAUGGAUCGCCGCAAAGGGGACAGAACACUGCCUGUCAGGACUCCCACCAUGGCAGGGGGAUUAUUCUCCAUAGACAAAUCAUAUUUUGAAGAAAUUGGAAGCUACGAUCCAGGGAUGGACAUAUGGGGAGGAGAGAACCUCGAAAUGUCGUUUAGAAUCUGGCAGUGCGGCGGCUCCUUGGAAAUUGUCACGUGUUCACAUGUGGGCCAUGUUUUCCGGAAGGCCACCCCAUACAGCUUCCCAGGUGGAACGGGCCAAGUUAUCAACAAGAACAACAGGCGCCUGGCCGAAGUGUGGAUGGACGAUUUCAAAGACUUCUUCUACAUCAUAUCACCAGGCGUGAUGCGGGUGGACUACGGAGACGUCUCUUCCCGUAAAGCCCUCCGCGAGGCCUUGAAGUGCAAACCGUUCUCCUGGUAUCUAGAGAACAUCUACCCAGACUCCCAGAUCCCGAGAAGAUACUACUCACUUGGUGAAAUCAGAAAUGUUGAAACUAACCAGUGUGUGGACAACAUGGGAAGAAAGGAGAAUGAGAAGGUCGGCUUUUUCAACUGCCACGGCAUGGGCGGAAACCAGGUGUUCUCGUACACGGCGGAUAAAGAAAUCAGGACAGAUGACCUCUGUCUGGACGUCUCCCGCCUCAACGGGCCUGUCGUCAUGCUCAAGUGUCACCACAUGAAGGGCAAUCAGAUGUUUGAGUACGAUGCUGAGCGGCUCACUCUGCUGCACGUGAACAGCAACCAGUGCUUGGACAUGCCGUCCGAGGAGGACAAGAUGGUCCCCACCUUGAGAGACUGCAACGGCAGCCGCUCUCAGCAGUGGCUCCUGCGUAACAUGACCCUGAGCGUCUGAUCCCUCACCUCUCUGCUCCCCCCUCCGACUGUUCUGAUCUCCUCAUAACCGGUCCUGGCUCUCCGCACCCUCACCAGGUGGCUCUCACCACACACAUCAUACGCCUCUUUCUGUGACAGCCCGGCCGACAAACACAGAGAUCCAGGCAGCGGCGGCUUAUCUUCCA